ACCGAUAGUGGUCAUCAGUCAAUCAACGGUCGUACACAUCGUUCGUCGAUAAACCCUCAAGACAGCAACAGAACAGUCAAAUACAAAUUCAAAAUGCAAUUUCAAGUAUCUUUCGCUCUGAUCGCCAUGAUGGUGUGCUUCGUCGCCGCAGCCGAAGAAGCCAAAUCAGCGUCCGCCAAAUCCGUAGCAGCCAAGUCCGCCACUGACCGAAGCAAGCGCGGCCUAUACGCUCCGUUCGUCGCCUCUCCGUACGCCCCAGCAUACGCAGCACCGUACGCAGCGCCAUACGCCGCCCCUUACGCCGCCCCAUACGCCGCACCUUAUGUCGCACCUUAUGCAGCACCGUACGCUGCGCCAUACGUAGCAUCCCCGUACGCAGUCGCUCCGUACACUUCUUCUUACGUAUCAUCCUACGGAGCUUACCCGUACGGUUAUGCUUCGCCAUACGGUUUCUACUAACCGAGGACUUCGGGAUCGACGUAUUAUUCUUACUGUUAGGUAUAUACCUAUGUUAUACCAGGUAUAAACCGCAACGCCACAACACGUAAAUAUGAUAAAAUAUGAUUUUGUGAUCGAAAAAAAAUUUAAAAUAUGUAA